CACCAAUCAGCAUCACUAUUAUUAUUCCCAUUCUCAUUUCUGUGAUGUGUUCGUAUCAUCAUCAACAUUAAUUACUAUCAAACCGCUGUCGUUAUAUUUCGCGAAUGGUGAGUGACUGACGAGUAAUGAUUGACGAGUGAUACGAAUGAUGAGUGGUGAGUUGUGAGUAUGAGUGUGAGUGUGCCUGUGCGUGUGAUUGUUGUGUAUGUUUGUAUGUAUGCGUGUCCGUGUAUGUGUGUGUAUGUGUGUAAUGUGUGCGAUUACCAACAGAGGCAGUUAAGCUUUUUUAACACUUGGGCUUUUAAGUGAUCUUGAAGCUAAAGAUAUUUUUUUGUAGUUUUAGCUUUUGAUUAACGAGAACUUCCACUUGUAAACCAUCUACAAUCGGUGUUGGGACAGUUACUGUUGAUUUCCCCCCUUUUAAUUUUUUUUCGAAAGGAUUACGGAAUUUCCCCUGAAGACAAUAAUAAUAAUAAUAAUAAUAAUAAUGAUAAUGAUAAUGAUAAUGAUAAUCGUCCAACCACUUUUCUUUUAAGGAGUCCACAACGUGUACAAGACACAAAGUGAAAAACAAAACAUAACGAAAAGAAUAAUAAUAAUAAUAAUAAUAAUAAUAAUAAUAAUAAUAAUAAUAAUAAUAAUAAUAAUAAUAAUAAAUAAAUAAAUAAAAAAAUAUAUAUUUAAAAAAAGUAGUUUACUUAAUAUAGUCAAUGGAAAUCAAAUUAUGGCACCAGGAAUUCUUCUAACCAACAUUCUUCUGAUCUUUUCCUUGUUGCCUAUUUACCAGGUCUCUGCAACUUGGUGGUUUAUCAGUCAGUACCCUCUUCACAUGGUUGGCGCACGAAUGAUGUGCAGCAAUAUCCCUGGAUUGGUGGGGAAACAGAAGAAGCUGUGUCGCAUUUAUCCAGAUGUGAUGCUUAGCCUGAGGGAAGGAGUUCAAAUAGGAGUAAAAGAAUGUCAAUUUCAAUUACGAAAUCAACGUUGGAACUGCAGUACCUUAGAUCGAGAUGCAUCAGUAUUUGGCAAAGCCAUGCUUAAAGGGAGCCGAGAGGCUGCAUUCGUAUACGCCAUAUCUUCUUCUGCUGUAGUGCAUGCAAUCACACGAGCCUGUAGUAAAGGGACGUUGCGGGACUGUUCUUGUGAUCCAACAAAACUGGGCAAAGGACGUGAUAAAAAAGGCAAUUUUGAAUGGGGAGGCUGCAGUGACAACGUGCGCUACGGGAGUGACUUUUCACGAAUGUUUAUUGAUGCGCGAGAAAAAAAAGUUCGUGAUGCCAGAGCGCUAAUGAAUCUACAUAACAACAGAGCUGGGAGGAGGGCAGUAAAACGCUUCAUGAAGCUGGAAUGCAAGUGCCAUGGAGUUUCGGGUUCCUGUUCCAUACGUACAUGCUGGUCUGCGAUGAUGGAAUUCCGUAGAGUUGGCGACUACCUCAAAAACAAAUACAAUGGUGCUGUACAAGUAAUGAUGAACCAAGAAGGUACCGGACUAAUUGUGGCCAACAAAGACCACAAGCGACCGACCAGGUCUGAUCUCGUCUAUUUCGAGUCAUCACCCGAUUAUUGUGUCAGAGAUCUUGAAAUUGGUUCUCUCGGGACAGCAGGUCGCCAGUGCAACAAAACGUCAAUGGGCCCCGAUGGAUGCGACAUAAUGUGUUGCGGGCGAGGAUAUGACACAGAAACAGUGAAAAUGAUAAAGAAGUGCCAGUGCAAAUUUCUCUGGUGUUGUCAAGUGAAAUGCAAAGAAUGCACAGAAUAUGUGGACUUGCAUACAUGCAAAGGGCCAAGCCUAACAGAGAGAAAAUGAUUAGGGUUUUUCUUUAGUGUUUUUGUAUAUAAUAAUGAUAAUAAUAAUAAUGAUUAUUAUUAUUAUUAUAAUAAUUUCUUUGAGACAAGACAGGACUACAUACGAAUACUGCCGCGGCACAUGCGUUCCACAAUCACGAUUUUGCAUUGCGACAGAUCAAACGUUAUCACUGAGAUAUCAUACAGAAGCAGACAUAUAGCUGACUACAUCCACAGUUAUAAAUAUAUGAAUUCACAUGAAUUUUCACACAAACAUGCAAGCGUUUAGAAAUCUGUAUAUCUAUACACUGUUACACAUAUACACAUAUAAAUUUAUCCAUACAUGCAGACGGUCAUUUACAGUUACAAAUAGACAUAUAACCAAACAAGCAUAUAUUUGUCAAUUACAAUUAUUUCUAUCUCCUUCCCUAUAUAUACAGACAUAAAUACUUACGUACA